AUGUCUCAUCCUCCUUCUCCGGGCGAUUCGUUUACCCCGGAGCUGCCUCCCGCACUGCUCCCGCACCUGGAGCACCUAUACCGUUUCAUUGCAGAUAUGGGCGGCGACCCGGUUGAGCGUGGCACCGGCCAAACCAUAUCCGCCGCCAAUAUGGCCCGUGGUGUUGUUACAGGGCCGAGGGUGAACGGCAAAGUGCUGGAUAACAGUGGCGCGGACUUGGCGACCCGAAAAGUUUAUAUUCUCGAAUCUCGUUACACCAUUCUCGCAAAUGACGAAACCCCCAUCCUUGUGGAAUCAAAAGGGCUUUUCAAUCUCGAUCUCAGCGCCUCGUCCUCUGGCGGUGGAAACUCGGGAGGCUCGCAAGACAGGCGUGAUACUUUCUCACGCCUCACCUACAACGCUCCUGCAAACAGCCCGUAUAGCUGGAUGAGUAGCACCGUGGCUAUUGGCGUGGUGAAUACUUGGGAUGGAAAAGUUGUGAAUGACGCAUACCGCGUUGAAACCACUGGCAUGUCUUUGGAGGACGCGCGGGAUCUGCUUGCUGAAGAAAAAGACAAGCGCUCCGAUUGA